AUGUGCUUCGGAAGCAGAAGACGUACCGGCGGCGGCGGCUACGGCGCGCGCCCCGUUGUUGUCCAAGAGACCCGGCAUCACCACCACGGCGGCGGCGGUAUGAUGGGCGGGGGUGGCAUGAUGGGUGGACGUCACGGAGGCGGCAUGCACGGCGGAGGUAUGCACGGCGGAGGCAUGCACGGUGGAGGCAUGGGCGGCCGACGCUCAGGUGGUGGCAUGCUGGGCGGGAUGAUGGGCGGCGGCAGGAGGAGGUGUUAG